CUGUCUUGUAUCUCCUUCUUGAAGUGGCGCGUUCUACACAUUAGUGUCGGAUUUAGGUUUUUUGUUGGUUGUGGUCAAAUCUCGGUAUGUUUGUGUAAAUGAGAUAUGAAGUGCUCUUUGUUCUGCCUACAUUAGCAAAAUAACCACACAAUUUGGAGAUCAGUUGUUUAUUGGAUGAUUAUGUCUGUCUUCGCAAAUCAUGAUGCCAUUCAUAUGAAUCAUGGAGUCUCAGACGAAUCCGUUUUAUAUACACAUUCGUAUUUAAUUCCUCCACUAAACCAACUGGAAAAUGAUGUUCUUAAGUCAGAUCCAGAUAUUCUUACAUGUGUACAGUCUAAUAGGUCUCAUUCACCUAGUCAGCAAAUAUAUGAUAUGCUUGAUAGUACAGUUCUUUCUGAUAAUCCAACCCAAACCAUAACUAAUUCCUCAUGCAAAUCUCAAAUCUCACUAAAAUCUAGUUCUUGCGACACAAGUAACGCCAAUUUAAAUGUCGAUAUAAAACCCUCUUUCAUUUACACUGACCAUCCUCAAAUAAUUAAUCAAUCCUUCUUAACAGAUCUUCACAAUCAUACUGAUAUUCGUACGGUUACUUCGGAUACCAACCUUAAUCUUUGUCCCAUAGCUGAUCCAAUUAACAGUACUCAUCUUCAGGAAUUUGUUUAUAACACACCUCAAAAAUUUCCUCAUAUGUUACCUCCCGAUACUCACCAACACACUGUGUACCCUGAUAAUGUAGUAUCAAAACCAUUCACUAGUCUGCUUGCUUCUGGGAGUUCAAACGAAACCUCCACAUCUUAUUUACCCCAAGUUACAAAAGUUGAGACUAAUUCUCUUACUGUUUCUCAGGCUCCAAAGUUGUUGUUUGUCGAUCCUAACAAGACAAAACCUGAGAGUAGAGAAUGUUUCCUUGAACAAAUUCCUUCCGAAUUGGCUAGCCAGUCUUCAUCAGCUACUUCUGUAAAUACAACUAAUUUGAAUCCAAUUUGUGUAAUUUGUGGUGAUAAAGCCAGUGGCAAACAUUAUGGUGUAAUUUCAUGCGAAGGAUGUAAGGGGUUUUUUAAACGAACAGUGCGUAAACAAUUAGUAUAUGUUUGUCGGGAAUCAGGUCAAUGUCCUGUAGACAGACGGAAGCGUACACGUUGUCAGCAUUGCCGCUUUGAGCAGUGCUUAGCAAAGGGAAUGAAGAAGGAAGCUGUUCAAGAAGAGCGUCAUCGCCAACCAUCAUCAAAUCCAGUGCCUUCAGUUCCUAAGCCGCCAAAGAGUGAAAAGAAAGGUCCUGGGCGUCGUUCAGCAUUUAGUAACAAAUCUGCUGACUCAGUUGUUACUGAUCAACAUCCGAACAUUAAUCAUGAUUCACCACCUAGUAUUUCUACGACCGUUACAGCUACUGACUGCGUACAAUCUAAUCAAGUUAAAUCAGAAAGUUCAACUACCUGUAUUCAAUCUAAUGAUGUAUUGCUAUCCGACGAAACAGAUCUACCCAAUUUAACAUUACGAUGUUUACUUUCUGCUGAAUUAAGCAUGGAUCCUAAAUUGGCUGUAUCAGAAAGAGGUGAAGCAAUUUAUGAAGAUAUACCUGGUGAUGAUGAUACUGGUUUACAUCCAUUGACCAUAAUCUGUCAGUCUAUAGAACAACAAUUACCUCGAAUAGUUAAUUGGGCUCGUCAGUUACCAGUAUUUUCAUCUGCCUAUCUUAGUUUUGAUGAUCAGUUCUGUUUAAUAAAAGCUGCUUGGCCUGAAUUAGUUCUAAUCAGCUCAGCAUAUCAUUCAACUGUUAUUAGAGACGGUCUACUUUUAUCAAUUGGACGUCAUCUUGGUAGAGAAGUGGCUAAAUCACAUGGUCUAGGCCCUCUUGUUGAUAGAAUUCUUCAUGAACUUGUUGCACGUUUUCGUGAUUUAUCGUUACAAAGAACUGAAUUAGCUUUACUACGUGCUAUUAUUCUUUUUAAUCCUGAUGCUAAUGGCUUAUCAUCACGUCAUCGCGUAGAAGCUGUCAGGGAGCAGCUUUAUUCAGCUCUUCAUUCGUAUUGUACGACUAAUCAACCCCAAGAUACUUCCCGUUUCACAAAAUUACUACUAAGAUUACCUCCUUUACGAUCCAUCGCAUACAAGUGCCUUGAACAUUUGGUAUUUGUCAAAUUAGCAGCUGAAGACCCAACAAGUUGUCGUUUGAUCAAUCUUGUUGAACAUGGUGUUUGGCCUAUACAAGAGAAAAGUUUUGAACUUGCCACUUUACCAUCCGACAGUGCAUCUACAGACUCAGUACCAAGUCAAAUUACUAUGGUCCCUACUCCUCAGUACAUUCAACAUCAAGAUGAUAAUUCACUACCAACCAGUAGUCAUACUGAUCUCUCCUACACACACACAUUGCCAAAUUUCCAUACAGUUCAGAAUUAUCCGUUUUGAAAAUACAACUAUUAAAGACGAGGAGUCAACAGCUUGUAGGAAUUUUCUUGAGCUCUCACAAUGAUAUAUAUCAGAUCUCAUGUCAUGCUUAUCAACUACUGCCUCAUCAUCACUAUACAUGAUUAUUAUUUUCUAUUGAAUGAUUUUUCGAUCAGUUGUUUUUUCUACUCUUUUCGUUCUCUUUUUGUAGUCAGUUUAGGAAAUGAAAUAUUUCCAGUCUUUAAAUUUAUGUGUAUGUAUAUUUUACAACUAAAAAGGUAGUUACGUAGAUAAAUGAGUGUUUCUCACUACUCACAUAACAACUAUGAACACCAUUCAUGGUUUUUUAUUCUUCACCUGAAACCUGUUGCUCACUAUAAGAAAAAAGUUUGCUUGCUUUUUUUUCUAAUACUAAAGAUUGUUAGUUCAUGAUUGUUGAUUUUGUAUAGUUCUCAUAGGUUUGUAUAUAUAUAUGUAUAUUUUUUUAAAGAGUUGUUUUAACGCAAG